AUGAAUACCAUUUCUGCACUCGCUGCUCUUCUAUUUUUACUUUUGAUAAUCGGCUCAAUUGAAGCUAAACCUAGACAACGUCGUGAUACCAGUGACAAAGAAGGUGCAUGUCCAUCAUCAAACCCAAUGUUUCGUUGUGGUCGUUUUGUGUGCACUACAGUUUCAGGUUGCGAAAGUGACUGUGAUUGUCCAGGGGCACAAAAAUGUUGCCACGUUGAAUUAUAUCCAUCAACACCGAUUGCAUUUCGUGGUUUAUGGUGUAUAAAUGAAUGGGAUAAUAGCCAACAGAAUUAUUCGCGACAACUCGGUCAAGCUUUCUUCUAUAAUAAUGAAACAUUUACAUUAAAUUUUUUAGAUAAUAUUGAAUAUACAUGGAUAAAUCAUUUUAUUAGUAUUAAUAAAACUGAUAAUCAAAAUACUUAUCAAAUUUUUACAGAUACUUCAAAGGGUCUUUUGGUAUAUGUAAAUAGAACUUCAUGUUUUUGGCGUCGUCAAAUUUCAAAUAAUGAUAUUAUUUGGGGUCAACAAUCUAAUGGAACAUGUACACAAACAUUUGAAAUUGAUAAUUCAAAUGAAUCUAUUCGUUAUACACGUAAUGCAUUAAAUUGUCAUUAUGUUGAUGAUGAAAAUACGAAUGAAAUACUUUCUAAUACACCAUUUGAAAAUGAAUUACUUCAAUUUGAUCAAUCAUUAAGUAAUACAAAACAAAAUCAAAUUGUUUUCUAUGGUAGUUCAUCAAUACGAUUUUGGUCAACAUUAGAAAAAGAUUUUUCUCAUAUACCAAUCGAUAAAAUAAAUCGAGGUUUUGGUGGAUCAACAUUAAAACAAUGUUGGCAACAAUUUAAACGUAUUAUUUUACCAUUAGAACCGCGUAUAUUAAUUCUUUAUGCUGGUGAAAAUGAUAUUGCUGACGAAGGUGAAACAGCUAUAAAUAUUCAAUUAAAUUUUCGUGAAUUUAUUUCAACAAUUCGUCGAUUUUUUCCAUUAAUACCUAUAGCUUAUAUUUCUAUCAAACCAAGUCCAAGUCGUUUUAAUAAAAUCAAUGAAAUGAAUCGAACAAAUCAUCUUAUACGAGAAGAUAUUCAACAUAUGAAAAAUAUUCAUUAUAUCGAUAUUUUUAAUGACUUAUUAACAUCGAAUGGUACACCACGAUCAGAAUUAUUUAUAUCCGAUAAUUUACAUAUGAAUGAAAAUGGUUACGCCAUAUGGACACGAGCAGUUAAUAAUUAUCUCCAUAUGAAUGGUCUUAUUUCAAGCAGUGCAAUUAAUUGUGAAAUAUCAUUUUUCAUGUUUAUUUUUAAUCUUCUCGCAUUUUUUAUUUGA